AUGGUUCUCAAGAUUACACAGAGAAAGAAAGAGACACGCCAAUCACAGAGGUCUAACGACACAGAGAAAGAAAGAGAAACGUCAAUAACAGAGGUCUAUCGACACAGAAAAAGAAAGAGAAACGCCAAUCACAGAGGUCUAUCGACACAGAGAAAUAAAGAGAAACGCCAAUCACAGAGGGCUAACGACACAGAGAAAGAAAGAGAAACGUCAAUAACAGAGGUCUAUCGCCACAGAAAAAGAAAGAGAAACGCCAAUCACAGAGGUGUAUCGACACAGAGAAAGAAAGAGAAACGCCAAUCACAGAGGUCUAUCGACAUAGAGAAAGAAAGAGAAACGCCAAUCACAGAGGUGUAUCGACACAGAGAAAGAAAGAGAAACGACAAUCACAGAUGUCUAUCGACACAGAGAAAGAAAGAAAGAGAAACGCCAAUCCCAGAGGUGUAUCGACACAGAGAAAUAAAGAAAAACGCCAAUCACAGAGGUUUAACGACACAGAGAAAUAAAGAGAAACGCCAAUCACAGAGGUCUAUCGACACAGAGAAAGAAAGAAAGAGAAACGCCAAUCACAGAGGUCUAACGACACAGAGAAAGGAAGAGAAACGCCAAUCACAGAGGUGUAUCGACACAGAGAAAUAA